AUGACCCCGGCGUUCCCGGAUUGCCGGUCCUGCGGGCAGCCCAACUGCAUGCGCCCAGUGGUGGCGGCCAAGAAACAAUCUAUCAACUGGCUGUUCAUGCUGUUAGGCCAAACCCUGGGAUGUUGCACCCUGGAUCAACUCAAGUACUUCUGCAAGCACACCAAGAACCACCGCACCGGGGCCAAGGACCGCGUCCUCUACCUCACCUACCUUGCACUCUGCAAGCAGCUCGAUCCAGCUGGACCCUUUGAGCGCACUCCUUCCCUCCCCCUCCUCCCCCGCCGCCACCUCUUCUUCUCCCCGACUUCAUCUCCGUCCCCUCCUCCGCCGCGUGCGCUCCCUCCGCCGCCGCCGCCGCAGCCGCCAACCCCCCUGCCCUUCCCCCCCGCCACCGUCCACUCCCUCAACCACCUUCUCUCUCAGAACAUCACGAACAUCACCGGCGAGGCACAGUGCAAGCGCUGCGAGGCCUCCCAGGUCAUCUCCUACGAUCUCGUAUCCAAGUUCAACGAGGUGGCGGCGUUCAUCCGGGCGAGGAAGCAUUGGAUGCAUGACCGCGCGCCGGCCGAGUGGAUGACCCCGGCGUUCCCGGAUUGCCGGUCCUGCGGGCAGCCCAACUGCAUGCGCCCAGUGGUGGCGGCCAAGAAACAAUCUAUCAACUGGCUGUUCAUGCUGUUAGGCCAAACCCUGGGAUGUUGCACCCUGGAUCAACUCAAGUACUUCUGCAAGCACACCAAGAACCACCGCACCGGGGCCAAGGACCGCGUCCUCUACCUCACCUACCUUGCACUCUGCAAGCAGCUCGAUCCAGCUGGACCCUUUUGA